GUGAAGUAUUUGCUGCUCACAAGUUGGUAUUAGCAGCACGCUCACCUGUGUUUAGGGCUCAGCUUUUUGGUCCAAUGAAGGAUAAAAGCACAAAAUGUAUAAUUGUUGAAGACAUUGAAGCACCAGUUUUCAAGGCGUUGCUUCACUUCAUAUAUUGGGAUGACUUGCCGGAUAUGCAAGAGCUCGCAGGUUUGAAUUCCAAAGGGGCUUCCACGUUAAUGGCCCAGCAUUUGCUAGCUGCUGCAGAUAGAUACGGACUUGAACGGCUCAAACUGCUUUGUGAGGCUACCUUAUGUGAAGAUGUUGCUAUAAACAACGCUGCAACAACUUUGGCAUUGGCAGAGCAACAUCAUUGCUCCCACUUGAAAUCUGUUUGCCUGAAGUUUGUUGCAUCAUGUGAGAAUCUGAGAGCUGUUAUGCAGACUGAAGGGUUCGAGUACCUGAAGUUGAGUUGUCCAUCCGUAAUUAGUGAACUACUGCAAUUUGUUGCUAAAGUCAGUGAGCAUUCUAUGUCUUUAGUGGGUUUUGGGAGUGAUCCGAUGCCAGACUGUGGAGACAUGAAUGGAAGACGUGUGAAGCCAAGGAUAUUCUGAUAUAUACAUAUACAUACAUAUAUAUAUUUCUUUUUUUUUUUUUUUUUGGGGGGGGGGGGGGUGAUUUGUUGGUUGCUGUUUUGUUUGUUCCAUUUUCUUCUGUUUGCAACAUUUUUUCCUGAUCUGUGUUAAAUUGUUCUGGUAAUUGUUGUAUGUAGUAAUUUUAUACCAUAAAGAGAAAGGGUUUGAAUGUGGCGGAGGAAUACUCAACUCCAUUGUGUCGCUUUCGUGAUGAAAUUCAAUAACAUUUGAGACUGGUUUAAGCUUUAUAAAUUCAAAAAAACAAGAAAGAUCAGAAAACUCUGUAUAUUGAGUGUAGAAGCUAUAGUAUAUGUUACCCAAACUUAAAAGUAGUAAUAGUGUGGUGAUGGCUUGGGUUGCUUCUUUUUACUUGUAUAAUUUAUAAUUGUGUUCGACUC